AUGUCGAUACCAGGUCUGGCUGACGUACCGGAUGUCCAAAAACCGUACCAUAUAGCAGACUACGAUGAAUGGAAAAAAUACAUGCAGAACAAGGUACCGGAUCUAACCGGCGAUCCGGCUUUAUACAUCCCACAUCAACCGGCGUCAUCACACGGCAGCACCAAGGUGCAGGUGGAGGUGUACCCUCCGGCACAGAACGGUCACGUCAAGGACCUGGUCGACAUCCGGUCCGUGUCCGGCACCACCUCCAGAGGACCCAGCCCCCGGGUGACGUCAUCCGAGCACCACCCACCGGGCAGUCCCCAGUCCACCAACAGCCAGGUCGAACUUUUGGAGCGGAAGAUCUCGUUCUCAAGCGAGACUACCGAGAGUCACGUGACGAGACCGGAAGAGGAUUCGCUCGGGCGCGGGAAGGGCGACCCCAACUGGAUUCUGGUGACGGAAGUGACGUCGGCAUCGAACGAUAACAAAUCGGAGAAGAGGAGAAUCGUGGGGCUGAAAAAAGACGAAAAAGAGAGUCACUACGAUAGCGGAGUCAGCUUUAAUUACCCGGAUUUAGAAGGCAACGAGGAAACGGAACAGACCUACUGGGACAAUUUUCAUACGAAACAGAAAGUCCCCGCCUACGCGGAUAGGACUAAAAGUUUAGGCCGUAAGAAUAAAGAAAUUAAAUUCCUACAGGCCUACACCCCCAAGGUCCUCAGCACAUCCUUGCAGGAGGGUCUUGAAUUCGGUCCUCUGAGGUGGUACCACAACGAGACGCAGGAAGCGGAUCGUGGUUUCCAUGGUAACAAUACAUCAGCAGACGGCGUGAAAAGACGAACGCCGACCCCUGAUUACGAAGAGAGUAUGGCGUCCCAUGCUUCCCAGCAUGGAUACGCUUCUAAUCCAAACCAACAAGCAACUAACCAAAACCAAAACUUUCAACGCGCGACUAACAUUAGAAGAAAAGGUCCUGUCGAGGGUCAACGACCUCAGCUUUCUCCAACGGUUCCGCCACAACUCCCUACCAAAACGUACCCGCCUUACGUCACCGGUAAUAUCAAUGUACACCAAAACACAAACAACCAACAAGUCAGCUCUAACUUCAAACCAUCGCUAGCCCCGCUCGCUCCAAACAACCCUGAAAUCAAAUCAACAGCCACCAAAAAACCUCAACCAAACUUCGACGGAGACAAAACAGCGGUCCAGAGAUACCCAAACUCGUCAAACUCACAAACUUUCCAACCGCAACUUUCAAAUACAGCGAAUAUAGAACAAAAACCUGUUACGAAAUCAACAGUUCAUCCCAACAAAAAUGACAAUGCAUCAAACUCAAACCAGCAACCAAAAACUCAAAACAACGGCGAAAUCAAACCAGCGGCCGAAACACAAACCAAAACCAACACUUUGAAAUCAAACAAACACAGCAUUAUAGUAACAGACACAGAUUCCAAAGAGAUCGUUUACCUAGAAGGCGAAAUCAAAUCGACGGAAACUCCCAGCAACGAUAACGAUUCGAACAGCAGUGGGGUAGACAGCAUCCGGUCGUACAGCGCGGAAAUAGGUCGCGUGCUCAGUGACCUAGAUGAGGCUUUGGAGAGCCACGGGUGGCAGGCGUCCAUCAAGAAACAUAACAAGCAGCCCAGGCCCUUAGUGGCCUAUGUGUAG